AUGCCAAAAGUUGUGUCAAGAAGCAUAGCUUGUUCGGAUACAAAAGAUCAAGAAGAAUAUGGAGAUGAAAAACCAUUACAUAUUUACUAUUGCAUUUGUGGACAAAUGACGCUAAUAUUAGAUUGUGCUAUCGAAAAGCUACCUCUAAGGAAACGGGAUGGAGCUCGUGUCCUAGAUGCAGUGUAUCAUGCACAUAAGGUAACGUGUGAUACAGAUGAGAUUGUGUUUCUAAAACGUCUUGAGGGUAUAGAAAAGCAACAUCGGUUGAAGUGCAAAAAAUGCGGGCUUUUAUUAUAUUAUAAGCAUGAUCCUUCAAGCCCAGUAAUUUUUGUAGUCAAAGGCUCGAUAAUUAAAUCAACAAGUGAAGGGCCUAUUACAGACAUUUAUAAUCAAGUUGCGAUUGAAAAACCCAAGAAAAUAAUGGUUACCAAACAUACCAAAAAUAUGGGAAAAUUUAGUUCUGUUACUGUAUCCACUAUAGAUGAAGAAGAGGAUGAAAUAGAGGCACGUGAAAUUGCAGAUAGUUACGCAAACAAUGCCAGAAUAAUUGAGAAGCAAUUAGAACGAAAAGGCAUGAAUAAAAGGAAACAAGAAAUAUCAUCACAAAUAGAAGUCAAAAAGUCUCGUGGAACACUGAUAGAAAAAUAAUAAAAUUAGGAUUACUUAGACUAGAUCAAUUACUACGAAGAAGUGGAGUAGUUUCUUCGGCAGGUCUACGAUAACGCGAGCCCGCUUGUCUAUAA